UAAUUGUGAACGAAAUGUGAAGACUUUUAGCCGGCUUUUGGCUAACAAUUAUUAUCUCAUCAAAUGGUGACCACAAUUGUGACCACAAUGGGUGCCACCAGUGAUGACAACGAUGGGUGUCAUUGUCUGCGCCAGACAUCCGUCGAUUCUGCCAACGAGUGCCACAAACAAACACUUCAUUACCGCCGAAGACAUCAAUUCAAUCACAAAUACAUUUAUUUAUUAUUCAUUUUAUUUAUUCACUUCACUAUCGCCUCAGGAGUGACUCGUCCGACAUAUUUAUUGUUUGCCAAUCGGAAAGACAUCCGUUUAGUCAAUUCAGACAAUCAAAGACCCAACGCAUCGAUUAUUAUGAACCACUUGGAAGAGGCGGCGGCUCUC